AUGCCUGCAGCCGCGCGUUCUGAAAGCAACAAGGGCCUCUCGACGGAAAGUGUCCUCGUCAUAUGCCUCGGCGUGAGCACCAUCGUAUUCCUGGCGUUGGGCUUGGUCCUCGUCGAAAUUCGCGGGCACCCGCGCGCCGCGUCUCCUUGGAGCAUCCGCUCCGCUAGGCAGUGGGGCCAGGCAUGGCGCAACACCGACGACUAUCGCGGAGAGGAGAGGGAGAGCCUUGUGUAUAAUAACACAAUGCAACAGAUGCAGAUGCCACAGGCACCCAGGCUUGGAUACCUACGAGAUGGCCUGUUUCUCCCUACAGCCGCCACCAUGUCCGGGGCAGCAGACCGCAGCCAAGACCCGCACUACCAAGCUAGACCGGCGUGGCUGCCGAUCUCGCCGCCGCACCACUAUUUCUCAUCGCCCAAUCUGCCACGAGACUUGUAUCAGCAGGGACAGCCGCAGCCCUACCCCCGCCGGAAACCACAUCCUUUGCCCCCGGCGUACCUCUACCGAAGAGGACCUAAACCAUAUCCUCCAUUCAACUGCACAAAGGUUAGCCUCCGGAGCCGGCGCAAGGGACAACAAAUUCCAGACCAAGACUCAAGAAAGGCCGAAAAGUGCCGUAGAGCCUACGUCCGUACACAUUCCCCAGGCCGAACAAACGGGGAUAACACGCCCGCAUCCGGUGGCCAAGAACACACAUCCUUGCCACGGGUGCCGACCAUGCCUCCCAAAGCCGCCAGCCAUAGGUCGGUACGAAGUAGGGAUAGCGCCUCGACUUACAGCUACAACCCCUCAUCCAUUCAAUCCACUCCACGCCGCACUGAAGCAGGCGGCCCCAGAACCGGGCUCCCUACGACACCGGCACGAUCAGAUCCUGAGGUGUACACCUCCACGCCUUUUGCACGACCUAUAUCUUCACCCAGAUCCAUGGUCCGGCUUCGCGUCCCUCCUAAAUUGAGCGACCCUAGCCUCCAGACGCAGCACGCCCGGGUGGCAUCCUGGCCACCGAGACUCGACCAAUCCAAGGUUAACAUCACGCCCACCCACCCGCCCCAACCCCAUAGCCCUCUCUGGUCGCAUCCCGUCGACCCUGCACUACGGCACAGCUUGAGGAAACGGGCGCUGUCAGAGUCGUCGGUGGCGAUGCACGGAGUUAUGCCUGGCUGA